CUCCUCUGUGUCCCAAAGCUCCAGCCUUUACCUCAAGAAAACCAAAACCUCCCACCAAAAUUGAAAAAUUCCUUGGAAAAUUAGGAUAGAGAUUUUUAUAGCCUGUGUAUAAAUAUAUGAACUUUUUGAAUUUGGGUUUCUGGAUUUCCUAGGGUUCCGUUUGGGAUGUCAUCGGCGGUGGAGUAUUUACGUCCGACAAUCCACACUCGGUUCUGCUUGUACUCCAAUUCUAAUCUCCGUCACUGCAGUAAUGGAUUGGGCUUCUUCUUCCUCCGCGGCGCCCAGUCUAGGGUUUUCAGUCCCGACGUGAAACGCUGCGUUUCGGCGGCGCCGUUCCCGAAGGUAGCGAGGGUCUCCGAGAAAAGGUUCGGGCACAAUGGAGGAGGGUUCAGGACGGUUAGGGUUUUGGCGAACGAGCCGGAGAGCGAUUCCGGCGAGAGGAGCGAGGCAAGCGAGGGGCAGGGUGUGAAUGGCCAGACGCCGAGUCCGAGUCCGAGCUCGUCGCCGGCGGCGUCCAAUCCGAGAAGAGGAGAGAGGCAGAAGAAGAAAGAGAGCUGGUGGUUUUCGAAAGGAGGGAAAUGGAAGUGGCAGCCGAUUGUGCAGGCCCAGGAGAUUGGGAUUCUGCUGUUGCAGUUGGGGAUUGUGAUUUUCGUUAUGCGGUUGCUCCGGCCCGGAAUUCCGUUGCCCGGGUCCGACCCGAGGCCGCCGACGACGUUUAUUAGUGUGCCGUAUAGUGACUUUUUGAGUAAGAUUAAUACUAACCAGGUGCAGAAGGUGGAGGUUGAUGGGGUUCAUGUUAUGUUUAAGCUCAAGUCGGAGCCGGGUGGUGAGGUGGAGAGUGAAAUGAAUGGUGCCAGUAAGCUUCAGGAGUCGGAGGCUUUGAUAAGAAGUGUGGCGCCGACGAGGAGGGUGGUUUAUACGACCACGAGGCCAACUGAUAUCAAGACGCCGUAUGAGAAGAUGCUUGAGAAUGAGGUGGAGUUUGGGUCGCCGGAUAAGCGCUCCGGCGGAUUCAUGAACUCUGCGAUGAUAGCUUUGUUUUAUGUUGCUGUGCUUGCAGGGCUUCUCCACCGGUUCCCUGUUAGCUUUUCUCAGCAUACUGCUGGUCAGAUUAGGAAUAGAAAACCUGGGGGCUCUGGUGGUGCCAAAACAUCUGAACCCUCGGAAGCAAUAACCUUUGCUGAUGUUGCUGGUGUUGACGAGGCUAAGGAGGAGCUAGAGGAAAUUGUGGAAUUUCUUCGGAAUCCAGACAGGUAUAUACGACUUGGUGCUCGUCCUCCCCGUGGUGUUCUGCUGGUGGGUCUUCCUGGGACAGGUAAGACUCUUCUUGCAAAGGCUGUGGCUGGGGAAGCUGAAGUACCCUUUAUAAGUUGCUCUGCUAGUGAGUUCGUAGAGCUCUAUGUGGGCAUGGGUGCCUCUCGUGUAAGGGACCUAUUUGCACGGGCAAAAAAGGAAGCACCGUCAAUAAUAUUUAUUGAUGAGAUAGAUGCUGUGGCAAAAAGUCGUGAUGGAAAACACCGCAUUGUCAGCAAUGACGAGAGAGAACAAACAUUGAAUCAGUUGCUCACUGAGAUGGAUGGGUUUGACAGCAACUCUGCGGUUAUUGUUCUUGGAGCUACUAAUCGCGCAGAUGUUUUAGACCCGGCACUUCGUCGACCAGGGAGAUUUGAUCGUGUAGUUAUGGUGGAAACGCCUGAUAGGAUUGGAAGAGAAUCAAUUCUCAAAGUGCAUGUUUCCAAAAAGGAACUUCCUUUAGCUAAAGAUGUUUACCUUGGUGACAUUGCUUCUAUGACCACAGGCUUUACUGGGGCUGAUCUUGCAAAUUUGGUGAAUGAAGCUGCUUUGUUGGCCGGAAGACAAAGCAAGGUGGUUGUGGAAAAGAUUGAUUUCAUUCAGGCUGUGGAGAGAUCAAUAGCUGGAAUUGAAAAGAAGACUGCCAAGUUGCAGGGAUGUGAGAAGGGUGUAGUUGCACGACAUGAAGCUGGUCAUGCAGUUGUAGGGACAGCUAUUGCAAGUCUUGUUGCUGGACAGCCACGUGUGGAGAAAUUGAGCAUAUUGCCUAGGACAGGGGGGGCAUUGGGCUUUACUUACACUCCUCCAGCGACUGAAGAUAGAUAUUUACUAUUCAUUGAUGAGUUACGUGGACGUUUGGUUACGCUUCUUGGAGGACGCGCAGCAGAGGAGUUUGUAUAUUCAGGUCGUGUAUCAACUGGUGCGCUUGAUGACAUACGGCGAGCCACGGAAAUGGCAUAUAAAGCAGUAUCUGAGUAUGGUCUUAAUGAGAACAUUGGCCCUGUGUCUAUAGCAACACUUUCUGCUGGUGGAAUGGAUGAGUCUGGGGGACUUUUUGGAAGGGAUCAGGGACACCUUGUUAAUCUUGCUCAACGAGAGACUCAAGAAUUGCUGCAAUCUGCUAUGGAGGUAGCCCUUUGUGUUGUACGUGCUAAUCCUGUUGUUUUGGAGGGCCUUGGUGCUCAUUUGGAAGAAAAAGAGAAAGUAGAAGGUGAAGAGCUACACAAGUGGUUAAAAUUGGUGGUUGCACCAGCAGAACUUGCUGCCUUCAUUAAAGGCAAGCAACGGGCCCUUCUUCCAUUGCAGACCACCUCUGGUUAACAACUACAAUCUUGCUCCUACUCCCCGAUGCCAAGUAAAUUAUGGAGUCACUUAUAUCCUUUUUGCCACUGUCAUGUCAGUGAAUUCAUCCUAUUGAUUGGCAGCAACUCACCCGUACAACUUUGUAUAUUUUCUUAUGGUGAAUUUUGGGUUCAUUUUCGAACGUGCCAGCCUACUCAGCUCUUGGUUUGAACUCACACUUUUCCCACCCAGACAGCAAAUAGGGAUAGAAACCGGUGAUCAGUAUCUGCCUGAGCCUUCUCAAGUGUGCCAGCAAUAUUACUACGACUCAAGCGGGUUGGUAAAUGAAACUAUUGUACAUUGACUAUUUGUCUGUUAAUAACUACACAUUAUCUGGCUAUUUGUGAAGUUAAGCAAUAUUAACUCUUAAUCACAUUAUCUGGCUAUCCGCAAUUGUAAUUGCCAUCAAGUUGUAUACAAUAUCUGGUUCUUUUUGUUGGUGAACAGUAUAGACGAUGUUUCUUAUAUGAUAGAUAUAUAUUCCGCAUUUAUUGGUUCAA